AUGACUAUUGCCGUCGACGAUGCUGCUCUGGCUCGCUACAAAAGUUUCAAGGAUAACGACGAUAAGAGGUUUAUCAUAUUCAGCAUAUCGGGUGAUUCCGUCGUGGUCGAGUCCGAGGUGGGGGAAGAUGCCUCCUACGACGACUUCAUAUCCGCCAUCAAGGAGAGCGGAGAACCUCGUUACGCAGUUGUAGAGGUUGAAGGGAAGAUCGUGUUCGUCUCCUGGUUUCCCGAGAAUGCCUCUUCUAUACUGAAAAUGAAAUACGCAUCUUGCAAAGAGGGAGUCGUCGAGUCGUUCGAAGGUGUACAAGUGAAAGUGAAUGCUACUGAUGACAUGGAACUGUCUGUUGAGGUUCUUAAGGAUAAGGUUUCGCGGUGA